AUGAGAGGAAACCAGGCGUACGGUCCCAUAGAGCUCAAGUACACAUCAACUGGUAUUAUGAAGCCACGGCACAAGCGCUUUUACGCCCUCCUGGCGCUUCUUGUGGCUUGCAGCGUCUCAGGCCAGUCACUGGUGGAUGAAUUCGGGGAUGUGUUCCCCUCACCGCCCCCACCAGCACUCAAAAUAUCAGAGGUCGUGAAAGAGCAGACCUUUGAGCACCAUCUUGCCGCACGCCUGCGCGCCUCACCACCGCCCAUAGCGCCAGCACCAGGCCCCAGCGCUGGUGCGCCGGCGCCGGGGCUCAUCUCUGUGUAUGACCUGCUCCCGCCAGAGGAGCGCAAGGUGGUGGGAGUGGCGAGUGCAGUCACACCGGGAGCGGUGGCAGCAGGCCCAGAACCCCUGCACAGCAAUCUGACGGUGGCGGGGGGUACUUUCACCCAGGUGGACAGGCCUCUGCCCACCAACGCCUCAGCCCCUUCAGAUAUCCUGUGGAAUGUAUCAGCGGAUGACAACGCGAUGCAGCUCAAGGCUGAGCAGACUUUUGCGCCGCCGGCUCCGGUGGCGUUUGUGUCGGCGGACGGCUCGCUCAUCUUUGUGGGGCCGAGCAGUCCCACUGGCUAUGUGGGCAACAGCACGACGCCGGCGACGCACUGGCUGUGGCCCACGGUCGCGCUUUUGGGGCUGAUUGGGAUCGUGGCCAGCAUUGGGUGGGCGUACAGCAAGAGGCGGCAGCGCCGGUAUCUGGACCUCAAGGACACUGAAAUGGCAAUGCAGAAUCGGCCCCACAACCCUGUGUGA